CGGAACGAAGCUGGGCUUGCAAGCCACAGCCUUUACACAGCGAAUCAAAUGUCGCCAACAAGCGAACAGAGCAGACACUGAGAUCUGCUGUAGGCAAUGCACGGCUGUACUGCAGCAUCUCAGAAGGACAAGCAUUCGCUGCGUUGUCCUGGGUUUUGACGGCUGCCUGGGGGGUCACGGUUCCUUUGGCCUAGAACCACUGUCUUGGAUCGCUGGUUUUUUACUCUGGUUGUCACGACGCGCUCCGCCAUAGGAGGCCGCGGAAUAUGCCCCCCAAGGCAGCGGAACUGGCGCUCUACAACCGUUGCUGUUUAGCCCUUUUGCGCGAGUCAAUUCAUCGCUGACGGCUGCCUGCGACUGGUCGUCCAGCUCCGCUUUUGUCUUUCAAUCGUCUGGUUUUCUGAUUAGUCGGCUACUACGUAGUCAAAGAACAAGGGCCUGCUUGAUUGGUGUGGAAAAUACGAAGCAUUAGCCUGUUUUGCUCGCCUGGAUAAUAGCAGACAACCACGGCCAACGAUAACUGUUGGACUUCAUGGCAUGGGCACUCCACUAACCAAGUUGAAUUUGUGUGUUCACUGAUUAAGACAACCGGAGAUGUUGGUGGUAGCGUCGGAGAGCACACCGAGCUCUCGAGAUAAAGCCUCGCAACCACUUUGUGCCACGGAUUAGAAAUGGGGCGAGCCUCUUACGCAUUACAUGCAGUGCCCAAUUCGGGAGAGAUCCAUUGACGGCGUUCGCCAUUACCGCUUACAGAAAGUAGCCCUUAUGGAAGUUGUCUGCGAGGGCCGCUCAGGGAGUCUUUUGGAGCCCCCUUGCGCGGGUUCACCCGCUGUUAUAUUGGAACGUGCAGCAAGCCCAGUUGCACGAUUGACCAGCUACUAUGUAACAUGUGUUUCUUUUGGAGGCUAGAACAACACUGAGGGAAAGUCAAAAUAAGGGGGAAUGCAUAACGCCCACAUACUGUCACCGUGCACAGGGAGUGAGCCCGGCACGACAGAGAGAACAGCGGACAGUCAAGAUGAUUAUCCCUAUCUGGCUGGCUUGACAUUAAUCACAAUGUGAUUUCUUGAUUCCUAUUGAAGAAUUUCUUGCAGCUAUCUUCCUCGGAUUCUACGUUUACUUUGCGCGUUUCGGCUGCUUAUAGUAUCCUGCUAGAUACCCUCGUCAUACAAUUCUCCCAAGAACGUCUCCGAAGAUUGUCUCCUCCCUAAUAUCUUAUUCGACCGGUCCUGAAUCGUCCAUAGUGGCUACAUAACAAUUAUGACGACUCCAUGCCAUACACCAAUGAAGCAUAGCCAGCUCUAAAACGUGGCCUUGAGGUUAUCUUUGUCUGCAUAAUCAUUUGGCUACCGGAGCGCGACAAGACAUGGGAGGUAACAGAGCUCAUGGUAGAGUCUAUUAGCAGGAGUGCCGAACAGACAAUGUAAAUCACACUUAUCAGGGAACCUUACCAGAUGUAACAGGCGCUUUCUAACAAAUUAUACGUAUCAGCAGACCUAUGCGCACAGAACUCGAACGUUAAAACAAUGUCUGGUUACCUUAGUACCAGGCAUCCGCUACAGAAUGAAGCUUGUGAGGCUCUUCAGGCGUUUGACGUAACGGGUUGUCGUGGCGUCACAACUUCCUAGGCUCGGGCAACCAUGGAAAUGAAAAACGUACCGUUCUCUAGCUUGGGCCGUUGCUGGUCUGCAUCAACGACCAACAAACGUAGAAGUAUAGUGAGGAGAGUGGCGACAACAAGGCCGCUCCGGAGGCUUACCAAGAUGCUGCCAACUGGUAUAAAGGUGACGGCGCAAGCGCGUAAGUCAACGGAUUGAUUUGGUCAUUAAUAGAAGAGUACAGACUGGCCAACAAGCUGUGGGUCAAGGUUGCUGACGCUGCGGCAAUCGAGGGCGACUACUAUCGAGCCGUCGAGAACUACGAAAGGGUCGCUCAGAUCUCGGUCAACAACAACAACUUGAUGCGCUACAAUGUCAAGGAUUACCUCCUCAAGGCAGGUAUCUGCAAUCUAGCAACAGCUGAUUCGGUAGCAAUGCAGCGCGCUUUAACAAAGUACACGGCGAUGGACACUCAAGUCAGCACACAGCGCGAGUAUUUGCUGCUGGUGGAUCUCAGCGAGGGAGUAGAAGCUAAGAGCCAGGAGCAGUUUGCAGAUGAACUGUUCCAGUUCGACCAGAUCAACAAACUCGACAAGUGGAAGGUGACGCUGCUAGGGCGGAUUAAGGACAGCAUCGAGGAGGCAGACGACGAAUUUGCCUAACGAACCACGGCAGCGUUGGAUAGAUUAUAUGAGGAUACAUAUUUACACUCAGUGUAUUAAUAGAUACGAGUUAAGAUUCUAUAC